GGGAGUGUGAGACCAUGCGAGACACAGAGACAGUGAGACUAGUGCAGACUAGUGAGAGACUGCUAGCCGUGAGAGAUGGAGAUGGAGAGUGAACACUAAAAUCGAGCGAGAGGGAACACGAAGGGAAUAAUUUUGAUUGUUUUGAACGUUUGCUGCUGCACUUUCCAAAUGAGUACCGUCGAGUAUGGCUUUCCGAUGAUAGGCGGGUUAAUGCCGCAAAUACAAGCUCUUAUAGCACCACCGAUAUCCGACGACUCGAAGGCGGCGAAAGCGAAGAAGGAGAAGGAGGAGAAGAAGCAUCCGUACUUCAAGAGACGAGGUCGUGGCCACAAUCGCGACUUCUGCGACGCCUGCAAAGAUGGUGGAGAGCUCAUAUGCUGUGACAAAUGUCCAGCCUCCUAUCAUCUGCAGUGCCACUAUCCGGCAGUGGACCCGACGGAUAUUCCUAAUGGAGAAUGGCUGUGCUACGCCUGCCGUUGCGCCUCUAAGAGGGAGGAACUCUUUGAUGAAAAGGGGAACGAGAAGAAAAAGAGAUCGGCUCUGGAAGUGCUAACGUUGGCGGCUUCUCUGGUAAAUCCGAGAGAAUUCGAAUUGCCCAAGGAGUUACAGUUGCCUAUAAUGUUUCCUGGGAGCAAUAAAGUAGACUAUGUAUCUGGUAGAAGAGGAAAACCACUGAGCUCGUCGUACAACAAUGUUGGAAAAAGUCAUUGCUUGGAUAGCAACUUAAUGGUUCCGUUACCAGCUCGUUUAUGCUACGAAUGUGGACGUAGUUGCAGGAAGGCGCCACUAAUCGCAUGUGAUUAUUGCCCGUUGUAUUUUCAUCAGGAUUGCUUGGACCCACCAUUGACUGCCUUUCCUAUCGGCAGAUGGAUGUGUCCAAAUCAUCCGAAUCAUUUCAUAGAUCAGAAUCUGUUGACUUCUUGUAGAGUGACCGAACGCAUAAAGCUCUGGGACAAGUACGCGAAUCAACGAAUAGAUCAGCACGCGGUGAAACUGGAUUUCCUGCGUAAAGCGCGCGCCGCCAAUCCACUGUUUCGCACGAAGGUGAGAUUGGAGGGUCGUCCAAAAAUCAAAGUUCCUUGCAGCGUCAAGUUCCAUUAUAAGAACCGGCCGCACUUAGAGCCGGUACAGUCUUAUCAAGAUAGUCUUAUACGGCCUGUAAACGAUACUGCAGGCAAAGAAGAGCGACAGACAGACGUCGAGAAGGCAGAUGGCAAAGAUAAUUGUACAGAAAAUAAGAAAACUAAAGAGACCGAUGAAACGAGAACGAAAGGAGAGAAAUGUGAUACUACCGCGGAUGAGGGAGGCGAUCGGCCGAAGGUAUCGGACGCGAGUGAGCGCACAAGUAAAGUUGAGAGUGAAGUUGCGACGGACAAUUCUAAGGAAUGUAAUGAUCUCGAGUUUCAUACGAGCAACUACGGUCGUAACAUUAAGGAAGGCGUUCAGUUGUUAGAAAGACCAGUGUUGGAGGCACUGGCGCAGCAGAGACUGGAGCAGAUAUUGAAUCCAGACGGGGAGAGUUAUGAAACAAUAAAUUGUCAUAGGAGAGCAAGAGCCGCAUUAUUUUCUUUAAGUCCCAAGCCUAAUCCACCAGCAUUCAUGACUCGUAGAACCUUCGUUAUUGGCAACGGCCCGAAUUGCGAUCUAGUACUGUCGAAUUACGGUAGCUGCGGAUUCACAUCUUCCAAGCACGCAGUAAUAUUUUUUGACGAGGUGACCAGACGUUACGAGUUACUUAAUUAUAGUGAACACGGAACGAUUGUGGAUCACGUCCUGUACUCUUGCGACUGCACGCGUGUUUUGGAGGAACAAAUGAAAGAGGAAAAGACUGAUAAAGUUAUGUACGUUACUAAGGAAGAAGAGACCUCUGACAUAAUAAAAACAAUUCUACGUAAGGACGAAGCAGCUUACUUGGAAGAAUACGCGCACACGGAUGACAUCUUGUGCAAGUGUAAUAUAAAGGGCGAUGCGAGAAUUAACGAGCAUCUGGAGGAAGGGUGGGAGGGAAGUGCAAUCAUCGCGCACGGCUCGACCAUUAGUUUUGGAUGUCUCACGUUCAUAUUUAACACAUUAGAUAUGUAUGUCGACAGAUGAAACGCGAUAAUAUAAACUAUUUCCAUAUUGUACAAAGAAAAUUUUAUAAAGCAAUACAAAAUAAAAUUAACACAGUGUUCCUUGUGUUUCCAAAACUA